AUGUAUCAAAAUGCCCUAGGAUUGCAGAUGGUAGGGGGAAGCGUCGAAAACUCACCAUUCAUCGCAUGGAUACAGAACUAUCCCCUCCCAAAAGAUCUAAAAUACCCCUCUCAUCUCGGUACAUACAAAGGGAAAAGCGAUCCGGAUGACUUCAUUGAAGCAUUUGAAGGCGUGGCCGAGAUGAAGGUCUGGAACGUACCGGUUGACAGGUUCACUAGCUUCGAAGACCUUAAGGAAAAAUUUAGAGCCCUCUUUAGCCAACAGAAGAAACAUAAGAAACUACACGUGGCAGCCCAUGGGAUAAAGCAGAAGGAAAUAGAGCCUUGUAGGGCGUUCCUUGACAGGUUCACCACCGAAACAGAAGAUAUCGUGGACCUUCCCGAGUCACAAAGGAUAUCGGCGUUGUUGCAUGGCCUCCGAAGCAGGGGACUCGUUGAAUUUCUGGACACCGCGCCGAAGGGAGACAUUAGCCCGACUCGGGACAAGGAGACUCAGACGAAUAGGAAAGGGAAAUGGAAUAACGACAGAGAAAGGCCAAGAUACAGCCCAUACAACAAGGACGAAAAAGGAUACCUAAAGGUCAACCUGCCAGAACUCCACAAGAGCCCGAAAGAGAUACUCCUCACUGAAAGUGUCGCAAAGACCUUCCCAAAACCUCCCAGACUGAGCCACAAAAAUAGGAAGGAUCCCGAAAAAUAUUGUGAGUUUCACAGGGAUUAUGGCCACGACACGAAUGCGUGUUGGCAACUGAGAAAAGCAAUUGAAGAAGCAAUCAACGAGGGAAAACUGUCACACUUGGUGAAAAGCGUCAGACAACAGCAAUAUCCUAAAAAGGAGGAUGACACAGAUGACAAAAAGAAAGUCCCCGACAAAACUAUCUACACUAUCGUGAAGAAAAAAAUUGGACACUCGUCCCGAAGGACCUAUAGGGGGAACGUACCCAGCAUCACCUUCCCACCCAUCUAUAAUGGUAGAAUCUUCAGAGACCCCCUAAUAAUUUCAGCAUUCCUAGAAGUCUCAAAGGUAAAAGAAAUAGUAGUAGAUAUCGGGAGUGAGUGCAAUGUCCUAUACGAAGAAGUAUUCUGGAAGCUAAAUCCUUUGUCACGAAUGAACUUCAGAAAGGCAGGGGCUUCGAUUCAAGGGUACUCUGGCAACACAGACGAACCGUUGGGAAAACUAUCUGUGCAAACAACAAUCGGAAAGGGACAUUGGAAACGAAAAGAGAAGAUCACAUUCAUGGUAGUUAGUGGAACUUCACCUUUUCAAGCAAUUCUGGGCAGGCCCGGAAUCCAAAAGUUUGGAAUGAUUCCAUCCGUAAUGCACGGCCUGAUCAAGUACGAAACGAAUGGGAGAAUAGCAACCUUAGAAGGGAAGGCCAAAAAGCUUUCUAAUUAA